GCCUCACUCAUCCAUCCGUCGCUCAAUCCGUCAAGAAAGGCAUGCAUCAAUGCGUCAGUAGCAUCAGGCAGUCAGGGCAGGAGGGAGGGAGGGCGGCAGGUGAGGGCAGAUGGAUCACCUGCUGACGCCUGCCUGGGGGCGGGUCUGUACGAUGAUGAUUUGGUUGCUCUUGAUGAGCCCCUCUAUGUCCUGGGGGCCGCCCAUGGCCUCCUCGAUGUCGAGGCCGAUCUUUGCGAUGUUCUUCAUCAGCUGCACGCGCCACUGCUUGUCGUUCACCAGACGCACACCGCGGUACUCUAAACGCACCCGCUUCGCCUCGUCCGUCACAUAACUACCAAACAUGCCUGCACCGCACCAAAUCGACAAACGGAUCAGGCAGGAAUCAUCAAUCAGAUGCAGCCAGCCACUGAUCCAUCCAUCCAUUCGUGUGUGCGUAGGGUACCCUGCCCAAUGACUCCCUCGAGCUUCUGUGCGUUGGGGUCCGCCCGGAAGAUGAUGGACGGCCUGCCCAGGAGCCCCACCGACUUGCUGGGGAAGGACAGGCACUGUGGCUCCGCGCCAGCCGACUUGUUGACGCGGAAGCUGAGCGCCCGGCCGGGGAAGGACAGGUUGGCUGUGAGGGCCUCCCCCAGCCCCACCACGAUCUCGGCGUAGAGCUCGUCGUUGCUGGCGUCCUGCUGCGGGAAGGGGUUGCAGGUGUGGAUGAUGAAGGCGUAGUCGGGCGGGACGACCUCCUGCGCGAGGAUGGCCAGGCUGAGGUCGGCGUACGAGAGGCGGGCGCGGUGGAUGGCGAGCCAGGGGCGGAGGGAGAACAUCGAGGCCCACACCUUCUUGAUGCACUCCCACGCCCUGCUCUCGCUCGACAUGAACAAAGCACCCAGCCGCUUGCAGCUCGUGUCCUGCACCGCCUGACGGAACUCCUGCAUCGCAUGCAUCGCAUCAACCAAUAAACGAACGAACAGAGAGACACAGACAUACAUACACGCCGGAUGGAUUCUCUGCCAGGAGACUCCCAUCCCAACCAGCCCAGCCAGCUCACCUGCAUGAGCUCGGGCGGCGCAACGAGUCUCAUGACGAGUUGCCGCGCCUCCUCCAGCUGCCGAUUAAGGGGGCUGUCGCGCGCAGUAGGUGGCGUCGCGACGUUGCCGGUGGCCCCCACAUCUGCAGUGCUGAGGCCUGGUGCGAGUGUGGGUGGGCCGGUGGGGGCGGGGGGCGGCGACGCCAGCUGCGACGAGUGGGAGAGGUCCUUGAGCACACGAGUGAGCGACUCCAGGAUCUGGCACACGCACACAUACACAUACACACAUACAUACACACAUGCAUUGCAUGAAGCCGGCGAUAUGUCAGUCAGAUGUCGGUCGAAUGGUCGGUCGGUCGGUUGAUGGUUUAGCUUACCCCCUCGUUCUUGUGGUAGAGGAGAGUCCGCUCGAACGUGCCGAACGGCAGGGCCAGCGACUGGGGGAUCUGCACCGAAUUCACGCCCACCGACGCUGAACGGGCAAACGAGCCCAACACCGAACAGACAGAUGAGACGAUGGAUGGAUGGACCGACCAACACAAGCACCACCAUCUCCCUCCCUCCCUCCCUCCCUCCCUCCCUCCCAAGGGCUGCUUUGCUUACCCAUCCUUUGCAGGUUGAGGCACUUCUGCCCCACAUUGUGCGCGUCGAAGUCCCUCGCCAGCACUACCCACGGGGCCCCGCUGGCCGGGGCCAUCGACAGGUUGAGCGGCUCGCCGGUGGGCGGGGGGGCGUGGUGCGGCUGGUGCCUGCCGAGGGCGGCGUCACUACUAGUGGCGGCGGAUGCGUCGCCUGUCGGCCGGGUGAGCUCUGGGGGGGUGCCCUCGGGUGUGAGCUCGGGGUUCUCGACGCGUGGGCAGGCCUUGAUGAAGAGGUCGCUACCGUCGCGCUUGACCGUCACACGCACCCACUGGCCGUUGUAGAUCCUGCAACCAACGAAUGGUGGCGAAUGGAUGAGAGAGGGAUGAUGGGAUGUUUUGCAUUUAUUGUGAUGCGUUUGUUGGAUGGAUGGGUCUUACUGGAGUCGCUCUGUGAUUUGUUUCUCGAAGCAUGUGGCGAAGAGGAUGCGGAGGUUCCGCGCCCGCACGGCGAGGUGCGAGAGGAGGUCUGGCCCCUCCGAGCCGUGCCGCACCAGCACUCCCACCAAGCCCUCAGGGAUCUCCUCCUCACCUAUCAAACACACACAUGCCACGCCCGCCCCAUGUGAUUGAUGUGGAUGGAUGGAUCAUUCACUUUGUCAUUCUGUGUGUCUGUGUCUGUGUCUGUGUGUGGGUGUGCAUGGCAUGGCAUGAAUUGCCCACCCCACCCACCUGAGGCGGCGUUGCAGACGAGUAUGGUAGGGACUUCGAAAAUGCGAUCCUCGACGCUCGUGAGUCGGUCUACGAGCACGAGCUCGCCCUCGACCCGCUCUACAGUCGACACGAGCUGCCAUGGCGGCAGGUGGGCUAUCUCACGCAAGAACGGCUCCACACGCUGCAGCACCUGCAGGCAGUGUGGAAAAGGAUCGACGGAGGGAGGGAGGGAAGGAGUUAGGCGUGUAGCUCUUCCUCCUUCGUUGGUUGUCUUCCUUGUUGGCUGGUUUGUUUACUUGUGAGACUGAGAAGAGCACUGAGUUUCUGACCAUGUCUUCUACGAAGCACUCGGUGGUCGACCCGUCGGCCCCCACGUGCUGCCCCAGGAACGUGGCCUUGUCGUGGAAAUUCUCCUCACACAAAUCCAUCAACUUACCCACACAACUGCAGAGCACAGCACACACACAGACAGAGACACAGGCACCAGUAAGUACAUGAGUGCGCUUUCCCUCCGUGCCCUCAGCACACACACAGACAUACAUACACACCGGUGUAUUCGGUCACAGACGCUCUUGAGACAGAGCGCGCUCUCGACGGGGUUGUCAUCAGCCGCCCCCACCGAGUUGCCUGCCCCCCCGCUCGCCUCGCUGGGCGGCGACGCCAGCAUGGCCUUGGGCGGCUCAUUGAAGGACGUCUUGGGCACUGGGGUGGCCACGAGCAUGGGGGCGACGAGAGAGGGCCCCACCUGAGGUGCGGACGGGUUGGGGUGGCCACCCCUCUUGGCGUUGUUGAUGUUGACGUCUGCGGCGUGGUGUGUGUGUGGCUGCCUGGCCUGGUUGAUGAGCUCGGCGUGGUAGAGUGCGAUGGCGUUCCAGUCGGCGUGGACGGCGCAGAUCUCUUCGUACCACGGGUGGAGGUUCAUGAGGCUCGACAGCAGGUGGCCCAGCUGCUCCAUCCGGCAGUAGAGCGACACACACACAGGAUCGUUCUCCUACAAACAAACAAGCAGACGGACGGACGGACAUUGACACACGCGAACAGGUCACAUCCCCCCCCCCUCCCACCGAGAUGCCAGCCCAGCCCCCGCAGGUACGUGUGUACGUACCUGUUGUGCGAGCUCCUGAAUGAUGUUUUGCUGUAGGCUGUCGAGGGCGAUGUCGAGGAACAUGAAGUCCCGCACCACAUGGAUGUCUGUGCAGUGCCGCAGGAUGGGGUAGAUCAGCAGACGGGCCGUGCUCACACGAAGAAACCUGACACACAGACAGACAGACAGACAGACGGUAUAUACCAACCAACCCGUGACGGCGUGUGGGUAGAGGGUGCUGUCUGGAGAGCAGGAAGGAGUGCGUCCUUACUGUGAGUUGUCACAUGCGCCGGGGUAGUUGAGUAUCUCAUCCAGCGCCUCCUCCAACUCCAUUGUCAACGAAUUCCUAAUUGACCACGGACAGGACAGACACACAGACCAAACCAUGCACCCUACCCUACCCUCUCUCACACCUGCGCCCUUCCUUCCUGCGCCCCUCCCUGACGGCUCACCUGGCAUAGGCUACGGCCGUCCUGAGGUCUGUGGGGUCAUGCACCGCCUUGAGCACCUUCAAGUACUCCUCGAAGUCCUUGACCAGCUCGUCCCGCUCACGCCGCUUGCUGUGGCUGGCAACGCCGCCGGGCGAGUGGUGCGACCCGCCUGGCGUGCCGGGCGGCGUGCUGCCGGUGCUGCUGCGGCCGCCCGGUGCGGGGGCGUCGAAGCAGGAGAAGCAUGGGUCGACCUCCAUGGGGUGCUCGGGGGUGCCGAUGGAGGCGCGAGUGAGGCCGCCGUCUUCGAGUGUGCCCCAGUAGUCGGACACCUGACCCGACUUCAAAUACGCCAACAGACCCUGAUGAAUGAAGCACACCACACGGCAGACAGACAGACACAAUGAGCAUGCCACACACAGGUGAGGUGUCAUAACAUCACAUCCCCCUCACUCACUGACCUUGCAGAUGAGUAGGUCGUCUGGUGUGGGGUUGUGUGUGACUUUUUUGAGCCACUGGUCGAGGAACUGGCUGUGCGAUUGUGGUCUGCCAGGUCGGUGGAUGAUCUGGUAGAGGUCGUGCUCGAUCCGCUGGCCGCUACUGACGCUCCCGCGCCCGAGCAUGGCCAGGAUCAUCCGGAUGAUCGGACGGUUCUUCACCGACGAACGCCAGAAGUGACACAGCGUCAACGACAGCUGGUUCCCCGCCGCCGCCAAAGUCUUGGGGUGCGUCGUCGAGCCACCCCGCUGGCAAUCCAACACCCGCAGACUCGCGAACCUUAACACAUACACGACACGGCAGAAAACAGGCAGGUGAUCCGAUCCAUGUGGGUUGGCGGCUGGUGUGUUGGGUGGGGUGGUGUGCGGUGUUUGGGGUGUCUGUCCUGUCUUACUUGAACCAGACGUAGAUCCAGGCCCACACGUCGAUGUCAGCCUUGCUCAGCGAAUCGUCAUCGAGCAACUCCUGGUGGCACACAAGCACACACACACACACACAUCCAUCUAUCUGUGCCAGGUACCACCCACUUCCCUUCCUUCCCCCCAAGGUCACUCUCUUGUCGAUCCAUCCAUCCAUCCGACCUGGCAAAGGCUGUAUCUCUGGACGAUGGACCAUGCGGGCCUCUGCAGCUCUGCGCGUAGUAUCUUGUCGACGAGUGGCUGCAGGCGGCCCCGCCACACCUCCUGGGGGGUGUCGCGCCUGGUCUUGAUGAAGAAAUCGCACCGCUGGCCGUCCUUGAACCACCGCGGCCCGUUGGCCUCCCGAAACACAAACCACAGCCCAAACACCUCCGCCUCGCGCUUCUCCUCAGACACCUGCAUGGAUGCCAUGGUGGGUGGAUCCACACACACGAAUGCAGCCCUCACGGAGAUACAGACACCCUACCACCCCUCGUGUAUGUCUGAGUGUGUGCUGCACUGCACUGCACUAACACUGACUGACUGACCCCUUUGGGGAGUUCAAGGUUGACGGUCUGAAGCCCGCUGGAGGGGUCGGUGCGCAGCCGGGUCUCACACGCCAUCGACGACACGGCCGUCGUGUCCUCGGGCCUGACAAAUAGACAGAGGCAGGCAGGCAGGCAGGCAGCGCAACGCAACACACAGCACACGAGACAGACAACACAGCACAACAGGCAGGCAGUCACACAAGGUGGGGGUUGAAGCAAGCACACAUCCGACGUCCAUCCAUCCCUCAGGGUGUCUGACUGUCCGCUACGCUGCGCACCAGUAUUCUCGCUUGGGGAGUGCCCACUCCCUGGACCGGCGUGUGAGGCAGACGCCCCAGUGGAAGGUGAGGGGGAUGGGCUGGUUGGCGCCCUCGACGCUCGCUAUCACCUGCACCUUCACCGAGUGGUGCGAGUCGUCGUACGCCACCACGUCGACCUCCCCUAUCACACCACUCGAAGGGCCGUCCCCGACAGACAUCGAGUCACGCACCUGACAAGACAAGACACACACAUACACAUGACAUGGGGGUGGUCUCUCCCUGUGUGUAUGGGAAUGAAUGCUGGAUUGCUGGGGGGGGGAGCUAGUCAAUGUGCUGCCUACCCUACCUGGUAGGUUCUAAAGAAAAUCAUGUCUUGCUCCUUGGCCUUCCUCUCGAGGCGCAGCUGCACCAGGUUGCCCUUCCGCUGCCGGAACUGGUGAACCAUCGGCUGAAUCACAUCACACAACACACAGACGGUGUGUAUGUAUGCGGGAGGGAGGCGACCGGCGAGUGGUGUGGCUGGCUGGCUGGCGCAUUCAUUGACUGACCCACAUCCAUCCAUCAUACCUACAUACCUGUUGUUUGCUUUUGUCUUGUGCCUCGCGGACGUCCCUGAGCCUCUGCUGCCACACCUUUGAGUAGGGGAUGGGCACCAAGAAGUCGCCACCCAGGUACUUGACCCACUCAUUCUGAUACAUACAUACACACAAUCGAAUCGACAGACAUGUAUGUCAUGCAGCCACCCAUCCAUCCUGUGAGUGCUGUGCGCCUCCGUCCGUCGGUCCAUACAUACAUACAUACCGAGUGUCUGCUUUUGAGGACGAAUGCCAUCUGGCGGGGGCUGAUGGAGUAGGGCAUGACGAGCCGCACCGACUGCACGGCAUAGGUGCCGCCACCAUGCACACCACGGUGCAGCAACGUCUGCACAGAACCGCCACCUCGCGGCGUCGGCGGGUUCUCUACUGUGUCCACCGGCCUACAUAUCAUGGCAGCAGCCAACAAACCAACCAACACGAACACACACAUCUCCACUCCACUCCACAUGGCUGGCUGGCCCGUGUGUUGUGUUCCGCCUUGUCUGUCGGUCUGUUUGUCCGGUGCAGUGCAGUGCUGACCUCAGCCUUGGCUCAGGCAUGGUCCACCUAUCUGUCUUGUCGUCGGUCUCGACACACCCCCAGUGGAGCAGUACGUCGAAGCCGACAUUGGUGAGGACCUCGACCUCCGCCCGGUCGUCCUGCGUCCAAAUGAAGACGUCCAGCGAGCACUGGUGCUGGGGCAGCUCGAACUUCAUGUUGACGGCAGGGAGCCGGUCCACCAGGGCCUGCCGCACCUCGGCCAUCUGCAGGUCGCUGAUGACCGUCUUGAUGGGGAAGAAAAAGUUGUUGAUGCCCGGCCGCACCCACUUGUCGGCCCCGGUGCCGUCGUCCUUCUGGUACAGCACAAACUGGAAGCCCAGCGGCACCUCGGCAGCGGGGCCGAAGUCUAUCACCACCGUCUGCCGCGACGACGUCCCACCGCCACCGGCCACCGCACCGACAGGCGAGAAUGGCGUGCGGACAGCACCAUUGAUGACCUCGCUGCCAGGCGGUAUGAUUUCGGGGAUGGGUACGGCCCACUCGGUGGUGCUGCGGAGACACACGCCCCAGUGGAGGAAGAGCUGCGAGGCGCUGGCGCCGCUGCCGACCGUCGUGGUGACCUUGACGCGCACGGCGCUAAGGUCGGUGGUCUCAUCGAGGCUGAUCGACACCACCUUGCCGUCGCUCAGCGUGUACAGCACCGACCUCUUGGGGUCCAGGCCCUGACGCAUACUCAAAUGCUCACUCGCCAAGUCAGGUAAGCCGCACUCGGUGGACCCAAGGGGACGAAAGAGAUAGACAGAUAGACGCUAUCACGGACGGGUCAGACGACACCAUCGGCCCUGUCAAGGAAAGGACUCGUCUC